UGGAAAUGAGCACUUUUAUGUGAAAAGUCAGCGACCUCCCUUUGCUUCCUCUUUCUCUCUUCAGAAUAACCAUCAGCCCAUUUUCUCUCUCUCUUACUCUCUGCUCUCUUGGAAAGAAGUAGAGAAAAGAAGCAUUUGUUUCAAUAUUCUCUGAGCUUUUGCUUCUUCAUAAAAUUACCGAGAGUUUUUCUUGGCCUGAUAUACAAAAGUGCAUGUUCUUUACGUUUGUUCGGUGCAAAACAUACCAAACUAAGUAGACUAUCAAAAAUAUAGAGGUCAAAUCAAGAAUCUUCUGGUUCAAAAUCUUUCCCAAAGUCGUCAUAAUCAUACAUAGUUAAAGAAAGAGAAUUGCAUAUAUAGAGAGAGGGGGGGGGGGGGGGGAAGGCAUGUGCAGCCCGCAAAAAGACAUGACGAAUAAUUAUCAAGGUGAUUUAGCUGAUAUAUUCAGAGGUGGAAAUAGUACCACUUCCGGUGAUCAGUCAUCAACUAGUGUUGUUCCUGUUCCUGACGGAUGGCAGUUUCCUAGCAUAAACUAUUCGGCCUCUGUGAUUGAAGAACCGACGGCGUCGUUGGUUCAAGAUUUUGGAGAUCCAUUUUGUAACUUGAGAGAUCCACUACUCUUCCAUGAUCUUGAUAUGAUUCCACAGGCCAGUUCAAGCUUAUUCAACCCGACCCAAGAAAAUAAUAAUCAUUUUGGACCAAACAUUGAUUCUCCAUCAAUGAAAAUUAGACGACCUAACAUCUUUUCAACGAUGCUUCAGAUCUCUCCUACCACCAAGUUGGCCAUGUCACCAUGUGAUAUAGCCUGCUCCUCCCCCAACUCUAAUGUUAAUGUUAUUGGUGCAUUAGUUCCUACUCAAGAUGCUAUUAUCUCUCCUAAUUCCUCCAAAACAUGCUUAGUGGAAAACUCUGGCUUGCAGAUCUCAUCUCCGCGAAAUACGGGUAUCAAAAGAAGAAAGAGUCAGGCAAAAAAGGUGGUGUGUACACCAGCACCAGCACCUGCAAAUAGCCGGCAAGGGGGAGAAGUUGUUCCAUCUGAUUUAUGGGCUUGGAGAAAGUACGGUCAGAAGCCAAUCAAAGGCUCCCCUUACCCAAGAGGUUACUAUAGGUGCAGUAGUUCCAAGGGAUGUUCAGCAAGGAAGCAAGUGGAAAGAAGCAGGACAGACCCAAACAUGUUAGUCAUCACCUACACUUCAGAACAUAACCAUCCAUGGCCAACUCAAAGAAAUGCCCUUGCUGGAUCAACCAGGUCUCAGCCUAAUAAUUCCAAACACACUACAACCUCAAAGAACAACACUAAUAUUAUGCCAAAUAAUUCUCAAUACCAAGGCGAUACAAGUUUCAAUGAAGAUGAACAAAAUGAGAGAAACAUUAAUCAUGACAAUAAUGUUGCACAAGCGAACAUUUCAACGUACCCAAAAGUGAAGGAAGAGGUGGCCGAAGAAGAUCUUCAACAGCAACUAGGGGAAAUGCGUAAUGUUGAAUUUUCUAAAGGGAGUUAUCAGCCAAUAUUACCAGACUCGUCGAAUCAGUGUCAUGAGGAUUUCUUUGCAGAUUUGGUGGAACUUGAAGCUGACCCUCUAAACUUUUUGUUUGCCAAUACUCUCUCGGGAGAUAUCAAUGAAGUGGGACAGAAGAAGGCCAUCGACGCAUUCAACUUGUACAAUUGGAGCAAAGACCGUAACACCAACAUAAACAACAAGGGUACUCAAGCCGACACAUAACAUGAUUCGAACAAAAAAUAAAGAAGCAAAUUAAAUUCCACUUGGUGCAUAUAUAUUCUUGACUGAUGCUAAGUUUCUUUGGUGAGAAUUUUCUUCAAGCAUAAGCCAAGUAGGGAAGGUUUAAUUUCUCUUGGCCAUAAUUUUCCUUCUCUUUUUUUCGGUUGGUUGGGCAUUUGGUCUAAUAUACCUUUUCAUACUGUACAAGUAUAUCUUUUCAUAAUCCUGUCUUCUGUCAUACCAGAACAGUAAAGAGAUAACAGGCGGGGGAGGGGCGAGGUGUGGGGGGAUGGUAAAGAAGUGCUGGUUGAUUGGGAGCAGGCCCCACGAGAGUCCUCCAUUCCUUUUGGGAAUAUUAGUGGAUGGGACAGAAAGCUGAGGAACAGAAGGUUUCAACAGUUAAAGCUAGCAAGUACAUCUAUCAGAUCAGACAUGACCAGAUAUAGCUCAUAAAGAGACGAUUGACGUGAGAUGGAACUCCCAUUUUUUUAGUGGGAAAAAUAAUUGAACCCUCCCCGGCCCUCAUUCCAAUUCCAACUAAAAUAAAAAGGACCCGAAAUAUUCACUAUUUCCUUUGUACUUAUGGAUCGUUUGGCGGAUAUAUAUAAGAAUCAAAAUGUAUUACUAAUGUAGUAAUAUUGAUAUAUAUUAAUUAUGCUGA